CAUCAUGCAAGAAACGUUGAAUCACCACCACACCUUCAUUUCUAUCGGAGAAGGUCCUCUCUGCAAUCUGCACUUCGCAGAUGACCUGAUAAGAUGCAAUGAAGAACUCCAAGACCUUACAACCAAGUUGGAAAUGGCAUCAGGAACUUAUGGAAUGGAAAAAGUUAAAGUUCCUUGUCAACAUCUUCAGUAAACAACCAGCAACCGACACCAUGCUAAAGGUCCAGAGAAUUGAAGAAGUGGAAGCCUUUAGGUACUCGGGAUGGCAGCUCUACAAGCGAAAUUAGGACAUGACUCGACCUGGCCUCGCCAGACUGAACGUGACCUGGAAGAGCAACUCCAUCAGCCUCCAUGUGAAGAUCAAGGUGCACAGGUUCUUGGUGGUUUCCAUCUUCCUCUACAGAGGUGAGAGCUGGACACUCACUGCUGACACUGAGAGACAAUCCAGGCGUUUGAGCACAAGUGUUUCAAGAGGUUCCUAUGUAUUUCAUACAAAGAGCACAAGACCAAUGACUUCGCCAGGCAGCAAGUUGUCACUUACACAGGCAAGCAAGAGUCCUUACUUGCAACAGUCAGGCGCCGCAAGCUUGCCUGGUCUAGCCACAUUUUCCAUCACGACUCCUUGCCCAAGACCAUCCUCCAAGAAAAGCUUGAAGCUGCAAAUGGACUCUGGACUGCACUUUGGACACCCCGACCUACGUCAUGGACCUGGACCUGCACCAUUUCGAAAAGGCGUCCAUACAGAAACCUCAGAGAGCGCCGCUUGCGCAGCCAGACCACUCGAGGUCGCUGAGACGACGAUGAGGGCGAGGAAGGUGGCGGCGUCCUGGAAAAGCCCACCGGAGACGAGGAGAGAGCAGACGUCGCCGUGGAAGCAGGAGAAGUCGUCGUCGCCGUGGAGGCAGGAGGAGACGUCGUCGCCGUGGAGGCAGGAGGAGACGUCGUCGCCGUGGAGGCAGGAGGAGACGUCGUCGCCGUGGAGGCAGGAGGAGACGUCGUCGCCGUGGAGGCAGGAGGAGACGUCGUCGCCGUGGAGGCAGGUGCAGGUUCUGGUACCAGCCGUGGAGCAGGUGCAGGUUCUGGUACCAGCCGUGGAGCCGGCGCUGGUGUGGGUACCAGCCGUGGAGCCGGCGCUGGAGGACAGUGGUGCUCUUUCAAGGAGAGUACAGCUGGAGCGGCAGCACAAAGCAAGUGUGGCGUCAAGCCCGCUGCAGCUCUCGCUAUCCAUCGCUGUCAUCUCUAAACACGAGCAGCAGGCAAACCCUCCUUCACCUGGAUAUGCCAUUACACACUACUACCCUUUGACCUUCGUUUUGGACACGCUUGGCUGA